AGGGACUAUAUAAUCGUUUGAAAGCAAAUAUCUCGUGAUUGUUGGUGACUUCUAUUUUGCGUCUUUAGUCAUUUCAGGUUGGUCACAAACAAUCUGAAAUUAGGCAUAGUUGUUUUAGUAUUUACUCAACCGUGUAUUAAAAUAAGUUUUGGCGCGAUUUUGCGGUGUGGAAGGAGACUUCGCAAUGUGGUAGUAUAUAGUUAAAUGCCCUCCCUGCUUGCCACACCUACUGUAGAGCCGUAUUGCACAUGGUAGGUUGCCAUGCUUCGUAGAAUAUCAACGAUAGAACCCGUUUUCUCCUUUUUUCAACCUUAGCAUUUGUUAACUUUUGUUCGCUAAUAUCGUAGCAGACGAUAUAUACCUACUAUUUCUCCUGUCGUCGUCCAUAAGAUUCUGCCAAAAUGUUGCAGAGUUUCUCGCCCUCUCACGAUUGGUUUUCCGACUCGGAACCGCUGCUCUUUGACGAGGAGUUCUGCCAGAGUCUGAUGCAGUCGAUCCCCACGCCGCCACAGUCUCCGCCGCUGAAGUCGGAUUUAAGUAAAGCCUUGUCAAAGGAGGACCAGUUGGAGCUCGUGUCGGAACUUUUGCUUGAGGAUCAAGACUUUCUUAAACUGAAUUGGAACUGUGAUUUUAUGCACGAGAAUGCGGUCGCUAUAAACAAAAACCAUCACGCUGAUGUGACGGAUGACUGUUUGUGGCAUAUUGGAGAGAAGUCACUGGACAAGUUAUCUGUGCUCUCAACCAGCCCGCUGCUCUCGGACAUCGACACCUCCAUUUUCGAAGAGAUUGCCGGCUCUACACUGGUAUGCCACGAUGCGGCGCUGGAGAACAAGUGUUCCGAGAAAGAGGAUUUUUUAUUAGACAGCCAGGAACAAAACGAGUCGUCCUCGGAUUACGGCUCUCUCUCUGCUGGAGGCGAAUCAUCAACUAGCGAUUCUGAGGAGGAGAUUGAUGUGGUGACGGUGAGGAGGUCCAGCACACGCUCUCAUCACCGCGAGCAGCAGGAGGAGAGCCGGCGAGAGCAGCUGAGGGCCCUCAAGCGUUGCCACUUGGAGAUCCAGCAGCAGCACAACUACGCCGCCCCUCGCCCCUCCUCUCCCAUUCGGACGGAGCCCCACGUCUCCGCCCACAAGCGCCAGCGCACGUCGGACUCCUCCCAGCGGCUGACCCUGUCUGGCCGCGGCGCGCGUGGACUCUCCUCCCGGCACACCGCUGACAUAGAGGAUGAGGAGGAGAGGCGGCGGACACACAACGUGAUGGAGAGGCAGCGGCGGAACGAGCUGAAGAACUGCUUCCUGCGUCUGCGAGACCAUGUGCCCGAACUGUCCAAUAACGACAAGGCCUCCAAAGUGGUCAUUUUGAAACGGGCCAGAGACAGUAUCAGGAACCUGGAGGUGGAGAACAAGAAACUGAACUCUAAGAGGGACAAACUGAGAGACCGGCAAGAAUGGCUCAAAUCCAGACUGGAGCAGUUACGAGGAGUAUGAGUCUUGCUGUGGUCAUUUCUGUCGGACUUGUCAUGGACCAGUUUGUGUUGAUGCUACGCACAAGCAAAGCAAAGUAUCCCUGCUGACUGUUAAACAACUAAAUAAGAGACAUUUCAUUUGUUCAAGAAUUGAAUUUGAAGUGUAUGUGCAUGUUGAGCACAGGAAUUGUUCUCAUUUUGCUUUUGCCAAAUUCUUGUACAGUCUUAAAUUUGUUUUUACUGUGCAUAACUCUAAUCAGUUGCCAGUUUAACAGCGAUUCCUUCAAGUGCUUGAAAUAUGGUGGUCUUUCACAUUCCCCCAGUUGUUAUUACGUUAACAUUUUAAAAUUUCUAUUUCCUUUGGGCUGGCUCCAAUGCUUCUAUGAUCAUGAUGAAGGGGGUUAAUGUAACUUUUACCAAUUCAGUAACUUGAUAGACAUGACCUGGUUUGUGUUAACUGAUAUUGAUUAGAAAAUGUAUAUAGAAACUCAAGUAUGCUAUUUUUUCAUCUUGUGUUAAUAUGAUAAUGGUUUAUCUACCUCUACUAGGACAGACCUGGGAAGCCUUUUUGGCAACUGUAAAUAUUUGUUUCAUUUUUGUACAUUUCUGUUUUUGUUUAUGUGUAAAUUAUUUAGUGUUUUUUCUUUGUUCAUUUGAAGUAAAGGUUGUGUUCUUUUGCAGCACUUUGUUUUAUUUUAUAGUAUAAUAAAGAAUGAACAGGAA